CGGACUGGCUAUAAGCUAUUUUGGUUUUUGAGUUGUGACAUCAGAGUUCAAACACUUUUAUCAAUGGCCACUAGAGGGGGCGCGUUUUCAUUUAGAAUAGUAUGAAUGGAGAGUAAAUCACUUUGAAUGGAUGGAUAACUAUCUUUGUUGUAUGCAAGAGCUGAAUGUUUGAUUAAAUGUUUGAUUGUAUGUCAAAGACAUUUAAAAAUGUAUUCUAAACAGAUACAAGAAUUAAUGGCACUGUAAGCAAAUAGUUUUCAUCACAUAUGUCAUUAUGCACAUACCUUUAUUUUAAUAUCACUCCAAACCUUUGUGAUGUUCCUUACUCUGUGGAACACAAAAGAAAACACUGAAGAAAACACACAAACAUUUGUUUAUUCAUACAAUUAAAGUCAUCAGUGUCCAAAGGCCUUUAUGAAAACUGACCAAGGUAUUAAAAAAAAAAAAAGAGUAGUAGUAUGUUUUUGUUGGUUUUGGCACAGCGGUUUGCAUUUGUAUAAUUAUGUUUUUUUUUUCUCCCCAGCAAAAUACAACUGUUAAAAUAAAGUAACUAUGGUACAUUUGUGGUUAUAAAUUGUACUACUUUUUUGUAAUAACCAUGGUUGAUUUUCAUCAGUGGUUGUUCCUGUAGGGCCGCAGCCCUGCACAGUUCCAACCCAGCUUCAAUACACUUACCUGGAGGUUUAAAACAAACCUGAAGGACUCAAUUAGUUUGAUCAGGUGUGUUUAAUUACAGUUAAAGCUAAACUGUGCAGAGCUGUGGGCCUCCAGGAACCGAGUUAGGCACCUGUGCCAUAGACUUUCAAAAAUAAUUACAUUUUUUAAAUAUUACCGAUUUGCCUGCCUAAACACUACCAGUAAAAAGCACAAAACUAUGUGUUUUUUUCUGUUUUGCAAUGCAGCUAUAGUGAAAUUUUCUCAUUGCUUUAUCGUGGUAAAAGUGUACAAACUAUGGUGCACUGAUUUCCAUUAGUAUAACCACGUCUCUGAAUAUUGUUAAACUAUAUGAUUAAAGUAGUAAAAACCAUGGGGAAUUUGUGUUCACCAUGAUUGAACUGCAUGACCAUAUUGUUUUUUUGUUAGUUGUAGUAAAACCAUGGGUAAUUUUCAUAAAGGGCUUAUCUGAUCUCCAUUAACUUUCACAAAUUGGCAUACUGUACCACAUUUUACUCAUAAAACAGCUAAACAUCACCUACAAGCCAGUUAUAGCCUAGGUAACUGUAAAGUUAACUUGUAGUCUGUUUUGCAAGAGAAGUUCACCUACCUUAUGACUAGACUGGAUGAGGUCGAGCAUUUUAGACCAGCUAUAAAUCAGGUUAUCUUUGCAGCAGUCCAUAAUUUUCAGAUCAAUCGACGUUUAAGGUAAUUUCUUGACUGAAAGCUUCCAAAUUUGGCAGCAAUAUCACUCAGCAAAUUGUGAACUCAAAGUUUUAAAGACUUGUAAUAUGUAAACGUGUUAAUAUACUUUGUUUUGCUAAUAAAAGUGCUCGAGGCCUCGAGAGUUAUCCAACAUUGCUCCAAGAUUGGUGGUCAUCGAACGGAUUUUCCCGCCAAACAGUUUCAACCGUGUAUAUAUAGGCUAGCUACUUAAUAUGUCAAAUAAAACCAUUCUUUUGAAUUUUGACACCAGUUGGGACAUUUCCAGCCUCCUAACCCCCUUCAUAAUUUGCGCCCUUUUUAAAGCUAUAUCUCCAAUUUGGUGACCCAUGCCUGCCAUUCACAGUGAUGAGAGAAGCUGCACGCAUCAUUUAAUGACAGGAAUUGUAGUCUGGACACUUUAUAAACCUCGAGCUUUUCUCGUUUUGGUUAUUACAACAUCCAAACGACUAAACGGAUAUUAUUAUUAUUAAAAGAAAUCAUAUUCCUCCGCACGCCUCAUCAAUCUUAUCGACAUCACCGCACAAUAUAUAACUAAAAAGGCGGAGAUGUCACUCAACCGUGCCCGUAAAGGUGGGCGGACUGGAGUGUCCCCCCCACCUCUGCCAAUGGCAAAGCAAGACCCGAAAUCCCUAAAAUGAGCCGUCAGCCCGCGGCGGGGAGCACACUCUGAAUUAGCCCGCACCGCGCACGAGAUGACGGAUCGAGUCUCCGCGGCCGCAGCUCACGCACGGAGCAGCCGAGCAGCAGCGUAACCUCACGGCAAACAAACUUCAGAAGUUCGCUUUUCUCCACGCGCUCUCUUCAAUGUCACCAUGCGCAGCAUCUCAUCCUGCGGUGCGCUGCUGUCAGUCUACUACCCACAGAUCUUCCUCAUCCUCACCAGCGGCAGCUACCUGGCUUUGUCUUCAGUCGUGGCUUUGGGCGCAAACAUCAUCUGCAACAAGAUCCCCGGCCUGGCCCCCCGACAGCGUGCCAUCUGCCAGAGCCGCCCAGAUGCCAUCAUCAUCAUUGGGGAAGGCGCUCAGCUGGGCAUCAACGAGUGCCAGUAUCAGUUUCGCUACGGCCGGUGGAACUGCUCUGCCCUUGGCGAGAGGACCGUCUUUGGGCAAGAGCUGAGAGUAGGUAGCAAGGAGGCUGCAUUUACCUACGCCAUCACUGCAGCAGGAGUUGCCCAUGCAGUGACUGCAGCCUGCAGUCAGGGCAACCUGAGCCACUGCGGCUGCGACAGAGAAAAACAGGGCUACCAUGACCAGGAAGAGGGCUGGAAAUGGGGCGGCUGCUCGGCGGACGUCAAAUAUGGAGUGGAGUUCUCCAGACGCUUCGUGGAUGCACGAGAGAUAAAAAAAAACGCAAGGAGGCUAAUGAACCUGCAUAAUAAUGAAGCAGGAAGAAAGGUUCUAGAAGAAAGGAUGAAGCUGGAAUGUAAAUGUCAUGGUGUCUCUGGCUCAUGCACCACCAAAACCUGCUGGACAACUUUGCCAAAAUUCCGAGAGAUCGGCUACGUGCUGAAGGAGCGUUACACCACCGCGCUUGAGGUGGAGGCUGUGAGAGCCACCCGUUUUCGACAGCCCUCCUUCCUACGUCUCAAGCAGUCUCGAGGGUACAUCAAGCCCACAGACACAGACUUGGUGUUCUUAGAGCGCUCCCCCAAUUACUGCGAAGAGGACACUGUGACGGGGAGCGCAGGAACGAGAGGACGCCUAUGUAACCACACGUCUCCUCUCACAGAUGGUUGCAACCUGAUGUGCUGCGGCCGAGGACACAACACUCAUCAGUACACACGCGUGUGGCAGUGCAACUGCAAGUUCCAGUGGUGCUGCUUUGUGAAGUGUAACACCUGCAGCGAAAAGACAGAGGUGUUCACUUGUAAAUGAAGAUGCGGAAAAGGUUAUGGACAAGAAAGAAAGGCCAAAAGCCAAUGGAGAGAAGCAGAAAGUGCCACGGCUUCUUCAUUUUGCACAUCAGGCAGUCUUUAGACAAGAAAGGCCCUUUGUUGAGGAAGAAUAAAGAAGAUGUCUGAACUUUAAGAGGAAAAUGCACUGACCUCAGACUGAUUUUCUUGCAAAUGUGGACACUUCAUUUGAGUGCAAGGCUUUCAUAGUUCUCAGAUUCUUGAGGAAGGUCGCAGGGACUUGAUGAUGACUUUAAAUACCAAUCAGGCAGUAUAAACUGCGUAUAAAAGUGACUUUCUUCUAAUUCAAGACAAGAAAACUUGUCUGAAAUGCUGAGCCCCUAUGGGAGCUCAAGAAGAAAAAGAAAAUGUUCGUUCACACUGUAUCUGUUUGAACACUGAAAAAAGUAUCUUCCUUCUCUUUGGAGAGAAACAAGUUCAUACUGUAGAUGUCUCAUAAUGAUAUGCAGAAGUGUGAACUUCUGGUAUCAUUGGCUACUGAUCUGUUGCUUCUAAAAUUCAACCUCCAUGUAUAAAGAGCUUCUUCUCUCCACCAUUGUUUUGCGGUUUAUCAAUUGAAUAGUGAUCAUUUUAAUGAAUACAUCCUCAGUUGCUGCACUUGUACAUGGCAUGUACAUUGGCCUAAUGGAAAUGGAAAACAUUUGUGUUUUUCGUGUAAAGAGAAGCUUUUUAUAGUCCACUUAAGCUGCAAUGUAUGUCUUAUAACGUGUGAUG